AUGGCCUUCUCCCAGGUGCAGUGCUUGGACGACAGCCACGUCAACUGGCGCUCCAGCGAGGCCAAACCCGACUUCUUCUACAGCGAGGGCCAGCGGCUGGCGCUGGAGGCCCUGGUGGCCCGCGGCCCCGACGCCUUCUAUGAGGUGCUAAAGCGGGAGAACAUCCGCGACUUCCUCUCGGAGCUGGAGCUCAGGCGCAUCGUGGAGACCAUUGAGGUGUAUGACCCCGGCUCCGAGGACCCGCGGGCCAGCGGCCAGCCGCGCGGGCCCGAGGACGGCGGGCUCGGUGGCGGCGAGGAGGGCGGCGGGGAAGGGGCGGCCCGCACCGAGGCCGAGCCGCUGCCCUCGCUGGAGUACUGGCCCCAGAAGUCUGACCGCUCCAUCCCGCAGCUGGACCUGGGCUGGCCGGACACCGUCGCCUACCGGGGUGUGACCCGGGCCAGCGUCUACAUGCAGCCCCCCAUCGACGGGCAGGCCCACAUCAAGGAGGUGGUGCGCAAGAUGGUCAGCCAGGCCCAGAAGGUGAUCGCUGUGGUCAUGGACAUGUUCACCGAUGUGGACAUCUUCAAGGACCUGCUGGAUGCCAGCUUCAAGAGGAAGGUGGCCGUGUACAUCAUCGUGGACGAGAGUAACGUCAAGCACUUCCUGCACAUGUGUGAGCGGGCCCGCAUGCAUCUGGGGCACCUCAAGAAUCUCAGGGUGCGGAGCAGCGGAGGGACCGAAUUCUUCACGCGGUCGGCCACCAAGUUCAAGGGUGCCCUGGCCCAGAAGUUCAUGUUCGUGGAUGGAGACCGGGCCAUCUGCGGCUCCUACAGCUUCACGUGGUCGGCUGCAAGGACGGACAGGAACGUGAUCUCCGUGCUGUCGGGCCAGGUGGUGGAGAUGUUCGACCGGCAGUUCCAGGAGCUGUACCUCACGUCACACGGCGUCAGCCUCAAGGACAUCCCCAUGGAGGAGGAGCCCGAGCCCGUCGUGCUGCACUCUGUGGUCCCACAGGUGCCCUCAGGCACCGUGGCCAAGAAGCUUGUCAACCCCAAGUACGCGCUGGUCAAGGCCAAGAGCGCUGACGAGGUCGCCAAGUUGUCCUCCGAGCAUCAGGAGGCCUCCAGGGCCCCGGGGGCACGGAACACGGCCCUAGCGGAGCUGCCGGGAGACCUCCCCGAGCCGCCCCUGCCUGUCCACCCGGGGCUGCUCAACCUGGAACGGGCCAACAUGUUUGAAUACCUGCCCACGUGGGUGGAGCCGGACCCGGAACCUGGCAGCGACAUCCUAGGCUACAUCAACAUCAUCGACCCCAACAUCUGGAACCCCCAGCCCAGCCAGAUGAACCGCAUCAAGAUCCGGGACACAUCACAGGCCGGGACCCAGCUGUGGAGGCAGAGCCAGGACUCCAGCUCCGCCCCCCAGCCCAGAUCCCCCCAGGACGGGGUCCCAGCCGAGAACAGCCUCCCCCAGGGGGACACCGAGCCACGGCCUCCUGUGCCCAAGCCCCGCACAGUCCCGGUGGCAGACCUGCUUGCCCAGGAGGGCGGCGGUGUUGGCUGGGCCCUGGCAACCCCAGAGGGGCAGGCACCCCAUAACCCGACGGACCACGGGCUCCCCAGGACGGCAGGCCCAGGCCAUGCCCCGCUUCAGUACCAACUGUCUAUGACCCAGGAUGACCCCGACGGCGGGGGGCCGGUGGUCCCCAAUGGGCUAGAGGGGGAGGAGGAGGAAGGCGACGACGACUACGUGACCCUCAGUGACCAGGACAGCCUCUCAGGCAGCUCCGGCCGUGGCCCUGGCCCCGAGCGGCCCUUGGUGGUCUCCUCAUCCGUGUCAGAUGAGUGUUUUGAGGUGAUGGAGCGCUCGGCCGCCCUCCGGAGUUGCCACUCAGAGCAGGUGGCCAACGGGCCAGCCCAGCACCCCCGCCGACAUCUGAGCGCUCCCCACAUGACCCGUGGGACCUUUGGUGGACCCCUGGGCGGCUCCUCGUGGGCCCAGGGUCAGGAGAGAGAAGAGGCAGGCGCUCUGAGGAUGCAGGCCCCACACCUGGCAGACAAGGAGGCACAGGGCCAGCGGUUCCACCACUACCGAGUCCCUAGGGAUAAAGAUGCCUUCCCGCAGCCGUCGAGGACCCUGGGACCCCUGCAGUACCGCCCCACCGCCAAUGGCGCCCAGAGCUCCGGCAGGAAAGCAGGCCCAGCUGUGGCAGCUCCCCCGCACUGGAAGGCCAAGGGUGGCCCAGGGCCCUGUGAGCUGCCGGGUCCUGGGACCCCAAGACUGGCCCGAAACGCCAGCCCCCAGGCCGACGGCAGGGCCGCCGAGGAGCAUUCCAGCCCCUUCGGAAUCCCGUACUCCAAACUGUCCCAGUCGAAGCACCUGAAGGCCAGGAUGGGUGGCGGCCAGUGGGCUUCAUCCGACUCUAAACGGCAGGCCCAGGCCCCCCGGGACUGCAAGGACCCCUAACACCUUGUGCCCGGGCCUGAAGCCACGCCAUCCACGGCUUCCACCCCAGCCCAGGCUCACCGUGCAGGUGUUCCCUGGCCGCCCUGACCUCCAGAGCCACCCUGGAAGGCAGGAAGGUAGGGAGGGCGGCGACCUCACCUGGUCGGUGCACCAGUACCAGGUGGCCAUGACGGUCAGGCCGAAGGUCAUCCCAGUCCACGGGAGGUCCCCCGUGUAGGGGUCUCGGAACAUGUGCAUGGCGUCUGCCCGCGGCAAGUGGCAGGUGGUGUUGAAGAUGAUCCUGGAUGGGACGGCCCGGGCGUAGGCUGACGCCAGCUGAUCAUACCCGCCGAUCUGCUCGAAAGCUGGAGGGGGCGGGCGGGACGGGCACGGUUGGUGGCUGGUGUCCGUGACUCCCAGCCCCACUGCCCUUAUCUCACGAGUAACUUCUUGAUGCAUCAAACUCAACUUUUUCCCACUUCACCUUUUCCAGUGUCUGGAAAGGUAUGGAGGUAGAGGGUUUUUAAAAAGGUGAAUUCAAAGGACUA